AAAAGGAAACGGCAGCGACAGGGCUAUCAUUUUCAAUAUUUUUUCCUCUAUAAAUUAAUCUUGCACGGAGCUGCAGCCUAUGGUCACUAAGCACAUUCUGCAUCUCUUCAACUCAUCAAAUUACAGAUUGUAUCCAAUUUGCAACAGUAGUUUACCAUCCUAGAGUUGGAAAUGGCUGUGAAAAGCAAGAUUUUGAUCAUUGGCGGCACCGGAUACAUUGGCAAAUACGUAGUGGAGGCAAGUGCAAAAGCAGGGCACCCAACUUUUGCAUUGGUCCGAGAAAACACAAUUUCAGAUCCUAAAAGGGCAGCCAUCCUAGAGAGCUUCAAGAGUUUGGGAGUCGGAUUUCUUUAUGCAGAUCUACACGAUCAUCAGCGGUUGGUAGAUGCAAUCAAACAAGUUGAUAUAGUGAUCUCGACAGUCGGGGGAGAUUUCGUGGCUCAUCAAGUUAAGAUAAUUGCAGCAAUUAAAGAAGCUGGUAACAUCAAAAGAUUUCUACCUUCUGAGUUUGGAAGUGAUGUGGAUCGUUUGCAUGGCGUUGUUGAGCCUGCCGCAAGCUUUUACAGCUCCAAAGCUGAGAUCCGCAGAGCUGUUGAAGCUGAAGGGAUACCUUACACUUAUUUAGUAUGUAAUGUUUAUGCUGGUUAUUUGAAUUAUUUCCUUAACCCCUUUGGAGGCUCUGUCUCUGCAAGUCCUCCCAGAGACAAAAUUGUCAUUCUUGGUGAUGGAAAUCCAAAAGUUUUUUUCUCGGAGGAAGAAAAUGUAGCUGCAUACACCAUUAAAGCAGCAGAUGAUCCAAGGACCCUGAACAAGAUUGUGUACCUUAGAUCACCUGCCAACAGUCUGUCCUGCAACGAAAUAGUAUCAUUGUGGGAAAGGAAAAUUGGCCAGACCCUCGAAAAGAUUUACCUUCCAGAGAAGGAAGUCCUUGAGAAAAUCCGAGAGGCUUCAAUGUCAUCAAAAUCCAUCCUGUCUCUGUUACACGCUCUUUCUGUGAAGGGACAAAUGGCCAACUUUGAGAUCGACGCUUCUUUUGGCGUGGAGGCAACGGAGCUCUAUCCCGAUGUGAAAUGCACCGCAAUCGAUGAGUAUCUCGAUCAGUUUGUAUCAGAGUAGCAACAAAACUGUUAUUCCCUCCGCAGCUUUCCAUUUCGGAAUGUUUCAAAAUAUUUGUCAUCAUAGAUGAGAAAUAUGGGACGGAGGAAGUAUAUUAACCAAUAUUUGUCUACCAGCUUUUUUGCAACAUUUCUUAUGUACUAUUAGAAAUGUACUUUGAUUGUUCAUCUCCCUUCCGGAAAAUGUCAUAAAUGUGUCUGAAAUAAAAUCUACCCUAUACUUGUUUUGCAACCUGAA